AUGGCAAACAAGAUCAUUCUUGAUACCGACCCCGGUAUCGAUGACAUCCUUGCUCUUCUCCUGGCCUUGUCCGCCAAGCCGGAGGAGGUCGAACUCUUGCUCGUCUCGUUGACUUUUGGCAACAUCGAGGUCAAAAACUGUCUGCGCAAUGCAGUUUCCAUGUUCCAUAUCUUGGAGCGCGAGAUCGAGUGGCGUCGCCAGAACGGUCGUCCUGAAGGCUUCGGCGCCCUCCGUGCUUGCCGGCCAGUUGUUGCUGUAGGCGCCGAAGAUCCUCUAGAGGACCAGAAAAUGUUGGCUGAUUACUUCCAUGGCACUGACGGCCUCGGAGGCAUUCACGCCAGCCACCCGCAUCUUACACCUAGCCAAGCUUGGGAGCAUCUGUUCGACCCAGCCACUGAUCCCGAUGGUAUCGAGAGUGUCCAGACGGGGACCAGCCCUCAAUUGUUCAUUCCUUCGAAGCUUCCUGCCCACAAGGAGAUCCUUCGGGUACUGCGCGAGAACGACCCAGAUACCGUGACUCUGGUGGCCGUCGGACCCCUUACAAACCUGGCGCUGGCAUCUGCAGAAGACCCUGAGGCUUUUCUCCGCGUGAAGGAAGUGGUCGUCAUGGGCGGCACUAUCUACCAGCCCGGUAACGUCACUCCAGUCGGCGAGUUCAAUGCAUAUGCAGAUGCCUUUGCCGCUGCCCGGGUGUUCGCCCUCACAUCACCCAACCCCAACUCCACUCUGCCACCCACUCAGAGCCCUGUGCUCCCACCGUACCCUAAGAAGCUGAGUCGCCAAUUGACUCUGCGGCUGUUCCCGCUAGAUAUUACCCUGCGUCACAAUAUCUCUAGAGGCGAGUUCCGCAAGGCCGUGACCCCACUGCUUGAGUCUGGCUCUCCGCUGGCUGAAUGGGUCGAUGCCUUCAUGGGCCACACUUUCCGUACCUUGGAGAGACUUCAUCGUGGCCACGUUGGUGAUGACGCUCAGCUGAGUCUUCACGACCCCGUCUGUGUUUGGUAUGCCCUGACAUCCACGGACCCCAAGUGGGCUGCCUCGUCUACUUCGCCCGAAGAUAUUCGUGUCGAGACGACGGGUCAAUGGACUCGUGGUAUGUGUGUGAUUGAUCGUCGCAAUCGCCACAAGAUUGACGGUGAUGAGGAGAGCUCGAGUGAUCACGGCCUUUGGCUGAGUGCCAGGGCCGGCAAUCGUAUCUUGCGCAUGGAUGAGUCACCUGCCGAGAAGAAUUUUGGUCAGAUCAUGAUGCAGAGAUUGUUUUCUUGA